AUGACUGCUGCCAACGGAAACGGAAACGGCCACGCCGCCGCCACCCGGCCGCUCCACACGGGCAUCUACUCGCCCCUCGUCACCCCCUUUGACGCCAACGAGGAGAUCGACUACAAGGCCUGGGAGCAGCACGUCGUCCGCGUCGCCGGCGCCGGCGUCGGCCUCGUCGUCAUGGGCACCAACGGCGAAGCCUCGCACCUGUCGACCGAGGAGCGCAGCCAGCUGGUCGCUGCGGCUCGCAAGUCGCUCGACGCCGCCGGCCUGGGCGAGACGCCUAUCAUUGCCGGUGCCGGUGUGGGCUCGAUCAAGGAGACGGUGCGCAACUGCAAGGAGGCCGCUCAGGCCGGCGCCGACGCCGUCAUUGUCAUCACCCCCGGCUACUUUGCCGGCGCCCUGACCAACAACCGCGCCGCCAUCAAGGAGUUCUUUGUCGCCGUCGCCGACGCCUCGCCCAUCCCCGUCAUGAUGUACAACUUCCCCGCCUGCGCCUCGGGCAUCGACCUCGACUCGGACCUGCUCAUCGACAUCUCGCAGCACCCCAACAUCUGCGGCGCCAAGCUCACCUGCGCCAUGAUUGGCAAGGGCGCGCGCAUCGUCGACGCCGUCCAGCGCCCCGGCUUCCUGAUUGUCACGGGCUUCGCCGACAUCCUGCUGCCCUCGAUGAUGGUCGGCCUCGACGGCACCAUCUGCGGCACCGCCAACAUUGCGCCGCGCGUCUGCGUCAAGCUCUACAACCUCAUCAAGGACGCCCGGGCCAACAAGGACUGGGCCAAGCUCGAGGAGGCCCAGGAGCUCCAGAAGAUUGUCUCCAAGGCCGACUGGGUCCUCUUCAAGGGCGCCAUCGGCGGCACCAAGUGGGCCCUCGACCGCUUCUACUACCCCGUCGGCCAGCCCCGUCGACCCCUCCAGCCCGCCGGCAAGGAGGCCCAGCAGAUGCUCGAGGACAACCUCAAGGAGAUCAUGGCCCUCGAGAGGCAGCUCGAGAAGGCCGCCGGCGUCACCGUCGCCAAGGCAUGA